AUGGCAAGCAACCAAGGAGCAUGGCUUGACGGGAAGGGACACAAGCUUCGCGUCGCCGAGGCCGACAUGCCCAAAGCUGGGCCAGACCACAUCGUCGUGCGCAACCAUGCAGUGGCUGUCAACCCCGUAGAUUGGAAGAUACAGGACUCGGGCUACUUCGUCAAGACCUGGCCCCUCAUCCUCGGCGUCGAUGUCGCCGGCGAAGUCCACGAAGUCGGCUCCAAUGUCACGCGGUUCAAGAAGGGUGACAGAGUCGCUGGUCACACCAUCUCCCUCAUGACCCAAACCCCCCAAGAUGGCGGUUUCCAACUCUACUCCCGCCUCGUAGCGGGCAAAGCCGCCCAUCUGCCCCAAAACAUCACCUUCACCUCCGGCGCCGUCCUGCCGCUCGCCCUGGACACAGCAGCCGUGGGUCUCUACUCGACCGGGGGAGCAGGUCUGGGCCUUCCCUUUCCCUCCCUAACCCCGAAACCAAGCAACAAAGUAAUCGUAGUCUGGGGCGGCAGUUCCUCCGUCGGCGCCCUCGCGAUCCAACUCGCCGUCGCUUCCGGAGCGAAAGUCGUCACGACCAGUAGCAGCCACAACUUUGAUUUCUGCAAGUCCUGUGGCGCGAGCGAGACGGUUGACUACAAGUCCUCCUCCGUCGUGGAGGACGUCGUGAGCGCGGUCGAAAAGCUCGGCGGCGAGUUCGCGGGCUGCUACGACGCCAUCUCCCUCCCGGAUCAGUCGUACAAGUACACCAUUCCGAUCAUUGAGAAGCUCGGUGGCGGUGUGCUGGCGGUCGUUCUGGGACCGCCGGAGAACCCGCCGAGCAGCGUGAAGGCGGCGAGUGUGUUUGGGAUUAACGAGAUGACGCAUAAAAUUUGGGAGGAGUACGUCACGCCGGCGCUGGAGCAGGGGAAGUUGAAGUGCUUGCCUGAGCCGCUCGUGGUUGGCAAAGGGUUAGAGUCAGUGCAGGCGGGCUUUGACAAGAACAAGGCCGGUGUCUCGGCCAGGAAAGUUGUCAUUGAGCUACAGUGA